ACUCCGUGCGUCAGUGACUUUUGUCGUGAUUAAAUCGACGCCGAGCUCCUUCUGAAUGAUGUAUUGGAUAUCUGCAUGAAGAGGAUGGAGAGACAAGGGACAGCCUCUCUGUCGUUCAGAGGUGAAUCUCUUCAGCACCUCCUCGAUUCCGUCCUUGUGUGCCCUUUAACAUCUCCGCUCUCCUCUGCUGGGUAGGUCAGUCCCUGCGCGCAUCACACCAGGGGCGCAGCGCAGAGUCGUGCAGAGCCAAGCGAGUGGAGAUUGAGUUGGAAAUAAUCGUCCCACCUUUAAGGUCCGUUUUUUUUUCUUCUUUUCAGUCAUGCUGACAUCGUUGUGGGAUUUCUAGCCGGAAAUUUCACAUUGCGCAGAGGUUUUCCACUUCGAUGCUGGUGAGAUGUCAUAAUCCUUAAGAGACAGAGAGAGACAGUGAGGCAUCAUGGACUCCUGGAUCUUCCCAUCAUCCCCUCCGAACCUCUCGGAGCACCUCAUGUACGACAGCUUCAUGCAGGGCAAUGAGUCUGACGUUCACGGGAACUACACGGACCACACCUUCAACCGGACCAGCACUGUGGUCAUCACCUGCCUGUACUUCCUGGUCUGCGCCGUGGGGCUCUGCGGAAACGCCCUCGUCAUCUACGUCAUCCUGCGCUACGCCAAGAUGAAGACGGUCACCAACAUCUACAUCCUCAACCUGGCCGUGGCUGACGUGCUUUUCAUGCUGGGCCUGCCGUUCAUCGCCAUCCAGUUGGCACUGGUCAACUGGCCGUUUGGCCCCGUGCUCUGCAGGGUGGUGAUGACUGUGGACUCCCUCAACCAGUUCACAUCCAUCUUCUGCCUGAUGGUGAUGAGCAUAGACCGCUAUCUGGCUGUGGUGCAUCCCAUUAAGUCCACCAAAUGGCGCAAGCCUCGCAUGGCAAAGACGAUUAACUUAACAGUGUGGGGCGUGUCGCUAAUGGUCAACCUUCCCAUCGUGAUCUACAGCGGUGUUCACACAAAGCACGACGGCUGCUUCUGCACCAUCGUAUGGCCCGAGCCUCAGGAGGCCUACUACACCGCCUUCAUGUUCUACACCUUCGUCCUGGGCUUCUUCCUACCCCUCAUGGUCAUCUGCCUCUGCUACCUCUUCAUCAUCAUCAAGGUGAAGUCCUCUGGCAUCCGCGUGGGCUCCUCCAAGAGGAAGCGCUCAGAGAGGAAGGUGACCCGCAUGGUGUCCAUCGUGGUGGCAGUGUUCGUCUUCUGCUGGCUGCCGUUCUACGUCUUCAAUGUGACCUCGGUGACCGGAACCAUCAGCACCACGCCCAUCCUGAGGAGCACCUUUGCGUUUGUGGUGGUUCUAGGGUACGCCAACAGCUGCGCCAACCCCAUCCUCUACGCCUUCCUGUCGGAGAACUUCAAGAAGAGUUUCCAGAAUGUGCUCUGCCUUAAGAAGGUGGGAGGGUUGGAUGAGGUGGAGCGCAGUGAUAGCCGACAGGACAAGUCUCGCAUGAUAAAUGACCCCACAGAAACUCAGAGUACUCUGCUAAAUGGAGACCUGCAGACCAGUAUCUGAGUGGAAGAUGCAAAGUAUCACUUACAUGAAGAUCUCUGUGACACUAAUAACAGUCCGCUGUUAACAUCUCCUCGGUGACAUUACAGAAGGAGAAGAUCGGAUUAAACACUGGACACCGAUGUCACAAAGGAACAUGUCACUUAUUGAAUGUAAAAAAAAAAAGACCAAGCCUGACUAUAAAUGGAAGGAAAUGUUAGACAGGACAGUUCCUCUAUCUACUUUUGAUGUACAUUUGGAUCCAUGGCUGUAAACAAAACCAUAAAAAAAAACACAACCAGUAGUUCAAACUGUGUGCUCGAUGCCGUAAAUGAAAAAUAAAUCUGUUUGUUCUGUGUGUAUUGACUCCGAGGUGAGGUAGAGCUGACACUAACGCCUACUCGCAAAUGGUCCCCUUGGUGACAUGAUUUUCCCCUGCAGAGCCAGGAUUAUAUUCAUAGUUUACGGCGAAGGCUUGUGCCAAGUUUCUCCAGACUUUGGUCGUGGAAAAAUAACAACUACCAACAUGAUCCGAUGCUGAAGAAAAACACAUUACUUCUCAAAACCGGCAUCAUUAUCAUUCCUCUGAUUUUUUAUUUUGUGUCAUAUCAAGGGUUUUUCCUCUGGAGAUGUUUUGACUCUAACUAACCGAGAGACUGCUUUACAACAUUUAUUUUGAAAACACAUCAACUUGUGACAUUUUUAUUGUGUGUUUUCUUUUUUUACACAAUCAUUGCAAACCAAUGCCAUUAAUUAUUGUGUUCUGUAAGUCCAACAGUCUGAUUUAAUGUCUGACCAGUUUUACAUGUAAUGCAUAUGUAUGGGAUGUAAAUAACAGUGUUAAAACCUGCGCCCUGAGUUCAAUAUAUCUACAUGCAUAAUUUACAGAACAUUAAUAGCACUGGCUCAGUCAAUAAGCGGGGCCAGCUUUUAACCAAAGUGCUGCUAUGAUGUAGAGGAACAUAUAUAUUAUGUUGUAAAGUAAUGUCCCCGUAUGGAACAGUGUUUUAUUAUGGCUUGGAUACCAUUAUGUAUGUAUAUAGUGUAAUAAUGUUGCUGUUUUGGUUUGCAGUUGUUACUGCUUUAAAAAAAAAAAAAAAAAAAGCCACAUCGCAUGGUUCUAAAUUAUUCAAUAUGAAUGGUGAGUGGUGGCACGGCUUCAUGUUUUUAUGGCACCUGAGGGCAUUAAAAGCAGCUCAGCUAACAUUUGGUGAAUGAUUAUUUUAGUACAAUUUCCCCACUUCCUAUCUUCCUGGUCCCAGGCAACCUGCUGACUGACCUAUUUGGAUAGAAUUAUAAGCAGCAGAUGGGACAUUAUCCAAAAAGUAGUAAUUAAAUAUGGAUUUAAACAACUUCAAUUCUUGCAUCUUGUCAGUUUAUCGUAGUUUUACUUUCUUUAUGGCAGAAACAACACAUUGCCAGUCUUUUUAGUUACUUCUGUUCACCUGUUUCUUUUAUAAGGGGCUUAGCUUGCUGCCCCGCAUCGCGAGCUCACUUUGUAUGCUGAUGCUGACCCAUCCUCCUCUUAUGAUCCGAGGUGUGUAGGAGGCCACAUUUCAACUGUCUGUGGGUGUCUUAGUGAUGUGAAUUUGUGAAGGGCUAGAACACUUGUCCUCAAGAGGCUUCGGUGUUCCUUUAUCGUCAUCAUCACAAACACCAUCGUGCUGCUCCAGGAGCACAACCUGUCACCCCCCCCCCCCCCCCCCCCCCCUCAGUCUGUUGCUGUGGUCAGAUUACUAUCUUUAUUAAACCUUUACGCAUGCAGGCUCCCUCUCAUGCACCAAAGCCUGUGACAGAUUAUGAUUUAUGUGCAAUGAAUCCUGAGCGUGUUCUAUCGAUUUAAAAGUCCCAGACUGACGCAAUAUUGAUAUUUAAGUAUGUUUAUACAAAACUCAACACAUGCAAACUACUCACACACCGUCUGUGUGUUCAACUUCUUCUUGUGUGUCAGUCUUGAUACACAGAACUGCAAACAAACACACGUUAUUGUAAACCCCCAGCCAUGACUAAUCAAAUUCGGUCUCCAAUCUCUAUCCCUGCAGUAUUGCAGAAUUUGUAACAUGGUCUUAUUACCGCUGAAAGACACAAUGCACCUUUUUUUGUAUCUUAUAUUUCCAUAGCAACAGUGACUGAGGCUUUUGGUCCCAUGGUUACAUUCAUUAGCAUAAUAAUAAUAACAGAGGGAUGACUCUGGACAUGAAUAAUGAAUGCAGACAUUGCUCAGAUGACUGAACGCAUAAAGGGUGCUUUAAUAUUACCUUGCACCGAGCUUUUCGGUUACAUAAAACCUGGUUUGCCUGUAAAGUCUGUGUUAAAAAUGUGAAAUAAAUGUAGAAUAAAACAAAUUGCUUAAUGUAUCAUAACUCAGACUAGAAGCUUGGUUUGUAUAUGAUCCUCCUACUGUUGUUGUAGAGUUAGAAAAAGUACUUCUUUCAACAAUGCUUAAACAUUCAUUCGAGCUGUUCUCCUUUGAAACAUUUACAUUCAUACUGCAGGUUUUCUACUGGUCCUAUGUGCAUUUAUGUUUAUUGUGGUUUUAUUGAGAUAUUCCCAAAAGCUAAUGUCUCAUCAGCUUUGAAUACAUGAACCCAGCUGUUCAAAGUUGUGUUUCUUCUGUAGAAAGUUGGCAUUGUGUUGUUCCAGUUUCUGCUCUGUUCAGUUAUAUGUAAGAAACACAUUUGAUAGAGCAAACAAAGGUUGUGUACAGUUGUGUUCAAACUAAAUAAAGUAUCAAGUGACA